AUGGCUGAGCAGGCCAUCUACACCAAUGUAACUCCAACCGAGACUGAAGUGACUGGAGAGAGACAACCCAAGUCCCACCGCUGUCCAGGUCACCAUUUCUGGAACUCUUCAUUCACAUUUGGCUUCCUCCUUCUGACUUAUUUUGUUGUGUUCGCUUUCUGGUUAUGGCACGUGAUACAGAUUGGAACCAAAAAUCCAGAUGAUGAGCUGAGACUGGAGCUGAACAGAAGUCUGGAGACCCAACAGAACGUGAUUCAGAUGCUGGAAGACGCCAAACAACGCGUGGCCUGCCUGAGAAGAGCCAUCCUGGUGUCAGAUCACACCAGUAAGUGUCUCCAGGGAUGGACAUUGGUGAAUCAGAAAUGUUAUUUCCUCUCCACUGAUAAGAAGACGCGAGAGGACAGCGAGCGGUUCUGUGCGGGGAACGGAGCUGUGUUGGCCACGGUGAGAAGUAAAGACUCCAUACUGAAGUGUCACAUCCAGAGUAAGAAUGAGGAGUUCUGGGUUGGAUUACAGAAGAGGGUUACAUGGACUGGAGACGUUGCAAUGACUCAGUGGUUUUGGCCUGAUAACACGACAGAGUUGUCUCUGCAAAACACGCAAACCACAAACUGUGCGAAGAUGGGGAAAACGAUCGCAUUAUCUCCGUGUUCCGAUCUCCUUCCCUGGAUCUGUGAGAGAAAACCCGACAAAUCCAACUUACUGGAGGAAGCCAACGCCUGCUAGUGGUGGAAAGAGCCACUGACUGCAAGAUCUACAAUACCCAAACAAUAUGGAGGCUUUCCCUACAGAAAACUAUAUUGACUGAUAUGUUGAUGACGGAUAUCAUGAGAAGACUUCCAUUUUACCCCGUGCCACCAAAAAAAAAAACGUUUUCAUUUCUUUGCACAACUUUGCAGUAUUCUUCAAGCCCCCCGGUGCCCAACCUGAGGCCGAAAUACUGCAUGUGUUCCUUUGUUAUGAUGUGCAACCAUUAGGGAUGAGCCGAACGCCCCCCUGUUUCCGUUCACAGCAAAACAUGCGAACAGGCAAAAUAUUUAUUC